AUGGCGAUGGAAGGAUACAAGGAUGCACACCACUGUGAUACUUCUGAUACUGCAGAACACCACUUUAACUCUGUUGAUACUGCACCACACCAUUGUGAUUCUUGUGAUAUUUCAGCACACCACUGUGCAGCAUACAACUGUGAUACUGCUGAUAUUGCUGCACAAUUGCUGAUAAUCCAGCACACAAUUCACACCAUUGUUAUACGUCUGGUACUGCAGAACAUCAUUGUGAAACUGCGUAUAGCAGUACACCAUUGUGAUACUGAUGUUAUGAUAUACACUAUUGUUUUACUGAUGAUACUGCAGUACACUAUUGUGCAACUGUGUAUAGCAGCACACAAUUGUGAUACUGAUGAUAUGAUAGGACACUAUAGUUAUAUUGAUGCCAUUGCAGCACACGUCUGUGACACUGAUAAUAUUGCAGCACAGUAUAGGUAUAUUGCUGGUAUUGCAGGACACUAUUGUGAUACUACUGAUAUUGCAGCACAACGUUGUAAAACUGCUGAUAAUUUAGAAUACCAUUGUAAUAUGUUUGACAUUGCUGUACACCUGCUGAUACUGUAG